AUGUUGGCCAGUGUUUCAACGAGUGCGAAUUAUUCAGUACUCAAGGGUAAAGAAAGGAUCAAUCCCGCUGCUAGCAAUAAGAAUACUGUGACAAGUUGGUCUGAUUUCUUAUAUUCUCUGGAAAAGCUCGUAACUCACCCGGAGUAUGUGGUUCUAUCUUGUGGAUGUGUACUUCCAGAAGAUGAUGACGGGCUUCAAGGAUUUCCAUGGAAAUCGAAAUCAGACUCUAGUCAAAGAAAUGCAACUCGAACUGAUAGUAACCUGAAUACCAUUUGUCCCAUAUGUGCGACGCCUGAUGUCCAGAUAUUGAACCGAGUUCCCAUAUUACACGACAUCUACCAGGUUAUAGCGAAUAACAAGAGAGCACUUGGUCUAGGAUCUUCAUCAGCGUCAAGUCCUAAUAAUGCUUCUAAUAGGCGAUCGUCUAGUACCACCACAACACAAUCACUACCACAAAAGGCGUAUACGGAGACGAAUAAUUCGAAUGUGGAAAUUGCCAGUUCCAGUCCGAGCCAGAAGAGAGGACUGAUAGAAUUAUUACGAGAGGCUGCUAGAACCGCGGCCGCUAACGAAGUUGGUAUUAUUCCAGGAAAAGAUAAUCUAAUAGCAAAGCCUGUUACUGCUGAUUCAAAUGUCACAACAAGUAUUGGCGGGUUUGGACCUACAAGUUCUACCUUGACAACGACUAAUGGCAGUUCAAAUAUGAGCACAUCGGCAACUGCUGGUGACAGUAUAAAGUUCGAUGUAGGCGAGUGGAUGUCCAAUAUAGCUUCAGAUCAGCAAUCACAACAUACACAGCUGUCAGAAGUUUCAGACCUAUCGCAGAGAUCUCAACUAUCACAACUUUCGCAACCCUCACAGACAUCCCAUCAGUCCCAAACUUCUCAGUUAUCACAAGCAUCAAAAUUAUCGCAGACUUCUUUCCACUCACAAUCACCUCAACCAGGGUCACAGCCGACCACAAUGCCUCCUCCCUCACAACCAACUAGUAUACCUGCGCCACAACAGUCACAAGCAAAUUUGUCACGAUCUCCUAAUUUCUCCUCAACAUCACCUUUGUCCCAGCAACAAAUACUUCAUAAUCACCAAAAACUAAUGCCGUCACAACCUCUAUUUUCACAAGCUGAGCUUGAACUUCGCGAAUUCAACUUUUCAAAGUCGUUCCCAAUAUACCGAAAACAGUUUGUUCACCCGACCCAACCUAGGAAUUUUUUAAGAUCCAACAAAAACUCACUGGCUUCAGCCAUCUCACCUGACAUUAGUCAUAUUAUGUUUGCAUCCAAAGGAAAGUGCUUAUUUUACACUCUUCCUCAAGAUUUUAAUGACCCCCCUAUUCUUCAACACACACUAAUCUUAGAAAACUCCGACAGUUCAGACAGCGCCAGUAUCCGUUCUAACAAGACAUCUUCUUCGUCACAAGUCACUGAUUGGGACAAACCUAUGGUGUCCAUGACUAAUAAUCUCGCGGUUGUUGCUAGUCAGAGUGGCAUUCUAAAGGUGAUACGUUUGGAGCCAGGAUACUCUGAAGUUUACUCUUAUCAAUCAUCAUUUGGAAUCCACUGCAUGACUAUAUCCCCUCGUGGAGACUUGAUUGCUUACGCCAUUGUCGGCAGAGACAAAAUUUCCGGAGGCAGUCAACCUAUGAUUGUACUACACCGACUGGGAAGAAGUUCGCUUUCAAGUUCACACAGCUCGUACUUAUCCAAUGCUGAUUCAAUCAGCUGGAACGAAGAUAAUGUCAAUAUAGUGACACUUACGAUUCCUUACCGAGACCCAAUCGCCACUUUAUCAUUUUCAAGCGAUGCGUGCUAUUUGUCGUGCAGUACGUGCACAGAAUCUCGAUUUAUGGUCAUCUCAGUGAUGAAUCCUCAAGAGCCAAGGUUGGUAAUGAAGUCUUCACGUCGUGCAGAUGUGGGUCCAGAGUACGAGGGAAUCACCAGUGUAAGAUUCUUUCCUAGUAAUAGUAGAUAUCUUGCAGUGACGUCAGUGGCUUCUUCAGCACCACCCAUUAUCCUAGAUUCGAAAGUGUCUACUUCUACAAGAUCCAUGUCUUCUGGUGCAUCAUCCGGGUUGUCUCAUCCAUCUGUAAUGAUGAGGGUGGACAAGGUUGGUUCUUCAAUCCAUAAAGCAGAAAUAUCCCCCAGAGGAGAUGCCGUAGCCUUCCUGGACAAGAACGGUCUUGUUUCAGUCAUGUAUUCAAAGGGAAUGGUUUCUGAGUUGAAGCGUAUUACAAUAGUAGAUGAAGUUGCAACUGCACAGACUCUCAAAGAAGCUGCUGCUAUGCAAUUCUCUCCUAAUGGCCAUGUUUUAGUAAUAGCUGAUCGCAAAGGAAAUGUUCAUAUUGAAGAUUUCGGUGCUGCUCUUCCCCACCAAGCUGGAAUGGGAAAAUGUAGAAUACUUUCUUAG